GCGUGGUGCCGGCUCCGCCUUUGGCUGGCAGGGCCAUGGGGCGGGAAGAGGGGCGGCUUCUCCGUGUCAUUCCUUCGGCAGCGGCGGCCGCGGAGUUAGCAUCGGGGGGCUCAUCAGACUGGAGGCGGCCGGAGGAGAUGCCAUGGUGGCAACCAAGCCGGGUCCUGUUCAGAUCGUUCUGGUGCACAAAGAAGAGCAUUCCUUUGAGUUGGACGAGAAGGCCUUGAGCCAAGUCCUGCUUCAAGAUGCCAUCCGUGACCUUGACGUGGUGGUUGUGUCCGUGGCGGGCGCUUUCCGCAAGGGGAAGUCUUUCUUGCUGGACUUCCUCCUACGUUACCUGUACACGCAGAAAGAAGACAGCAAUGUCGACUGGCUGGGGGUGGAAAAUGAGCCCUUGACGGGCUUUUCGUGGCGGGGGGGCUCCGACCCCGAGACCACCGGCAUUCAGAUCUGGAGCGAAGUCUUCAUCGUGAUGAAGCCCAACAGGAAGAAGGUCGCCGUUGUGUUGAUGGACACCCAAGGGGCCUUUGACAGCCAAUCCACCGUCAAAGACUGCGCCACCAUUUUUGCCCUCAGCACCAUGACCAGCUCCGUUCAGAUUUACAACUUGUCCCAAAACAUCCAAGAAGAUGACCUCCAGCAGCUGCAGCUCUUUACCGAAUACGGGCGUCUGGCCAUGGACGAAAUCUUUCUCAAGCCAUUCCAGACGCUGAUGUUCCUGGUGCGAGAUUGGAGUUUUCCGUACGAGUAUAACUACGGCUUGGACGGAGGCAUGAGUUUCCUCGAUAAACGUCUGGAGGUGAAGUCUCACCAGCAUGAAGAGAUCCAGAAUGUUCGCAAACACAUCCAUUCCUGCUUCACCAACGUCAACUGUUUCCUCUUACCUCAUCCGGGACUCAAAGUGGCCACCAGCCCGAAUUUCGAUGGCCGUCUGAACGACAUCGCCGAUGAAUUCAAGGACCAGCUGAAGCAGUUGAUCCCGUUCGUCCUGGAUCCCAGUCAGCUCUUAGAAAAGGAGAUCAACGGCUCGAAAGUAACUUGCCGAGGCCUGUUGGAGUAUUUCAAGGCUUAUAUCAAGAUUUACCAGGGGGAAGACCUGCCACACCCCAAGUCCAUGUUGCUGGCCACCGCUGAAGCCAACAAUCUGGCGGCUGUCGCUUCAGCCAAAGAUCUGUAUUACAGCAGCAUGGAAAAGAUCUGUGGUGGAGACAAACCUUAUGUGGCCCCCGAGUUGCUGGAGGUAAAGCACCAGGAGCAGAGUGCGCGGGCUUUGGAGCACUUCCGUCGCAUCAAAAAGAUGGGAGGCCGAGAGUUCAGCCAACGUUACGAGGACGAGUUGAUGCAGGAGCUGAGCAACCUCUUUGAAGACUUGGCCAAGCAUAACCACAGCAAGAAUAUCUUCAACACUUUCCGGACGCCCGCCAUCCUCUUCGCCAUCAUCGUGGUGCUCUACGUGACCUCGGGGAUCACCGAGUACAUUGGACUGAGCGUGGUUGCCCAGUUUUGCAACUUAAUCGUGGGUCUGUUGCUUCUUUCCCUGCUAGCCUGGGGCUACAUCCGAUACUCGGGCGAAUACCGCGAACUGGGCAUAGUGAUUGACAACAUAGCGGCGUUCGUGCUGCAGAAGAUACAGGCUGUGGGGUCUCCUGUCCAUGUGGCCCCCUCCAGAGACCAGCCCCCGGCCCCACCUCCGUCCAGGAAGUCUCAGUGAUCAAGGUGACACAACGAGGUGCGACUCCCAAAAUGUCAUCCCUGACGCUAGAAUCACCGGAAUCUGGCUUUCCGAUCCAGGAAUCGCUUUCGCAGAGCUUCUUCAUAGACAGCCAAUUUGAGCUUCUGAGUUGGGGCGGGGGGGAAUCUGUGCUCCUUUCUUCCCGAUUACCUUCCUUUGACGGACCCCUCCCCUGGUUUUUCAUUCCCCGCCCCUUUCUCCCUUGAAGAAAGAAAUCUUCUGCACUUUAAACGGGGAAACGAAACAGCCGCUCGAAAACCAUUUCCCUACCAGUUAGUGCCUUCCGUGACGAAAAAGGAAAAACCAACCCGACCAUUAUUGUUUCAGCUGCCGGCUUUUGUUUUCGAGGUUUGUCGGUUGUACCAAGAAGAAGAUGCGAACUCCCCUUCUUCCUCCCCCCC